AUGCCCAAUUCUGCGGACAGAAAUGCAUAAGUGCAUCCAAACCCCAGCACAGACGGGUAGCGUCCCUGGUCAAUCCUGCUCAAUGUAGACCUGCACGGCUUUUCACGACCCGAAGCUCCUACAACGCUUUAUCAGCAAUGCGUCGCGCCAGCACUGGAAGCAAUGGCUGAUCGUGGAGAUGAUUCGGGCGUCCAUUCCAGAGUCCAAGGGCGGCCAUUCCUGUAUCCAUGGAAUCGCCGCCUGCGUCAUCUACAUGGAAUAUCCUUGCGAAAUCUUCACGUAACCUCGAGCAGUCCCAAGCGACAGGGCAAGACUACCACCGACGACGACGCCCCCUACAACCUUAUUAGCCCAGCCAAGCGCGCGUUGCACGAAGAGUCGAAUCCGCCGCAUCUCACCCACUCGCGUUCAUUCACAAACCUCCCUACUGUGGCCGACGAGGCUGCAAUUCUCGGUAGUCCCCAAAGAGCUGCCACUUCCUUCGAGAGAAAUGAGAAAGGACAAGCCAGGCCCGGCGGGGCGAGACUUCGCCGAAGAAGCACUCUACAUUGGGCUACGACCAGUCCCCGCGUGCGUCAGUCAACGCUGGAAGACAUGGUCGUCAAGCGCCUUGCCGAUACAUGGGUAUCAGUGCAUUGUGCAGGCAUUUCCGAACCUGUAUACAUCAGCGAGGUCAUAGAAAAAUCCAUGAAUCCGAGUUUUGCAUUCUUCGAUUUGGACAACAGCGGACCAGGAAUAUCAAGAUCCGAUGAAUGUACCAUUCGAGUUUGGGCCCGACCUUCCAAGACUCAAGACUACUCUCUGCUUGUUGAACUGGACUUGAACCUGCGAUCAUUGCAAUUCAUUGGACGGAGCCUGGAGAAUUUCCACCACCCUUUGCCUCAAAACUGCAUCUUGCUACACCUAUCUGAUGGAAUUUACACCAGCUUCACAGACUUGCCUGCAGAGCCCCAUCCUACUGUCGAGCAUUCAGUUGAUCAUAGAGCCGGCACUAGCAAACCGGGCUCUACUUUUGACGCCCUGAUGCAGCUUGCGAACUUGGAUGAGUGUAUUCAAGACGCCAUCAAGGUGCGCUCACAACUUGAGAAGGAUAUCAACAAUGUCCUUGCGAAGGCGCGCGUUCUCACGCUUGAGGAGGAGGCAGAACCUAAGAUUGAUGACGAGAACCCCCAGGUAAAGGCGGCCUUGGCAGCAGAGCAAAAGCAACUCAGACAGUUGAAGAAACGGCGGGAAGAGUUACAAGAAUCUCUGGCACAGCAAAGACACGCGCUUACGUUGGGGCGCGAAGCCGAAGUCGAAUUCAGGAGGUUGGUACAAGAAAGAGCAAAGGAAUCCAGGGAGCUCGAAGCGCAGCUUAAACAGAUUGGAGCAGAGUCGAGCGGCCAGGUUAGGCGAAUAUGCGAGUCGCUUCUUGCUAUCUUCCCAAUUGAACCACUCAAGAAUCGGACUCUUCAGUUCACAAUCCGCGGCCUCCACCUCCCCAAUUCCGUCUACAACGACACAAACCGAGACGAGAUUGCUGCAGCUCUUGGGUUUACCGCCCAGAUGGUACAUCAGUUGGCGCUCUACCUGUCAGUUCCUUUGCCGUAUCCACUUGAGCCGUAUGGGUCAGCGUCCUACAUCACCGAUCCGAUAUCUAUCGGGCUCGGCCAACGAAGAUACCCACUGCAUCCAACAACCGUCCCUUACAAGUUUGAAUACGGGGUCUUUUUAUUGAAUAAGGAUAUCGAGUUUCUAAUGAAUCGACAAGGUCUGAGGGUUCUUGAUAUUCGGCACACGCUUCCAAAUCUCAAGUACCUGCUUUAUGUCUUGACAGCAGGUACAGGUGAGAUGCCCUCGCGGAAAGCUGGUGGUGUUAGAGGAUUGAUGGGAGGCCGCAUGACACCGGACAUAUUACGACGAGCGAGCGAAGAUAGUGUCCGGAGUCUGCCGACGCCGCUGAAACAGGAACCCGACGAUAAGAAGACUAUUGUUGGCAGCAGAGAAAAGGAGACUGAUCCCUUUGUAACAACAUCCCCGGCAGUGGGUCUGCCGUACCGACAAGGCUUACCGGGGACAAGGAACAGGUGACAAAAGUCAGACCAAUGCUCUGGCAUGAAUAGCAGCAUAGCAGCUUGAUGUCAUGGCCAGUCUUUAAAUCUCUCUAGCAAGAGAUCUGCUUCUCACAUGCUCUGUGGUCGUCUUUACCGAUCAAAGCGGAACAUGAUGGUACGUGAAUAAGUGACAAGGGUUCGAUCACGCGUAGCUUGUGUACGUGUUCUGUAGUGAAUUUCAAC